CUCCCGUUCUUUUCACUCGGCCGUCCGAGCCGAGCGCGACUUCCAGCGGCGCAUCGACGAACGGAACGGCGGCGCACUUGUGUUUACGGUGGAAGGAUUGACCGGCCACCACGGCGACCAUGUACGCGAAGGGAAAAGGGUCGUCCGUGCCUUCGGACUCUCAGGCGAGAGAAAAAUUGGCACUCUAUGUGUAUGAAUACUUGCUACAUGUAGGUGCACAAAAAGCAGCACAAACAUUCCUGUCAGAGGUAAUAAUCAAUUUACAGAUUCGAUGGGAAAAAAAUAUUACACUUGGAGAACCACCUGGGUUUUUACAUUCUUGGUGGUGUGUCUUUUGGGAUCUGUACUGUGCGGCACCCGAAAGAAGAGAUUCCUGUGAACAUAGCAGUGAAGCCAAAGCAUUUCAUGACUAUGGAUUUGUGAACAGUGCUUACAAUGUUAAUGGUAUUGCGCAUAAUGCUGGACCGGCCCCAUCUCCAAUUAGUCAGAUGCCACCAAAUGAUGGAAUGCCUGGUGGUCCCAUGCCUCCUGCUUUCUUUCCAAACAACUCGACAAUGCGACCAUCUCCGCCCACACACCCCUCAUCACAGCCAUCCCCCCAGCACCCCCAGCCACCCCCGCCCCCACACUCGCAGAUGAUGCCCAAUCAGUUUAUGGGUCCCAGAUAUCCAGCAGGACCACGUCCCGGAGUACGUAUGCCACAAAUGGGCAAUGACUUCAAUGGGCCACCAGGACAACCAAUGAUGUCAAAUAGUAUGGAUCCUACUAGGCAAGGCGAAGCUGGAGAAUUUGUAGGGUGGCAAGGUCCGCCGGGAAUGAGCCCUAUGAAUCCGAGAAUGAAUCCUCCACGUGGACCGGGUAUGGGUCCGAUGGGUCCUGGCAGUUAUGGUCCAAAUAUGAGAGGGCCGCCACCCAACAGUACCUUAGGCCCGGGUGGACCAGGAGGUCCUGGAAUGCCACCAAUGAGCAUGGCUGCUCCAGGUGGUAGACAACAAUGGCAGCCAAAUACAUCUACGCCGAUGAAUUAUUCGUCGUCAUCACCGGGUAACUAUGGAGGACCACCUGGAUCAACAGGUCCUCCAGGGCCUGGAACUCCUAUUAUGCCUAGCCCCCAGGAUAGCAGCAAUAGUGGGGGAGAAAACAUGUACACCAUGAUGAAACCUGUACCUGGAGGAAAUAUGCCAGGUGAUUUCCCAAUGAGUGGCGGACCUGAGGGCGGUCCAAUGGGACCCAUGGGUCCUAAUACAAUGGGUCCAGUUUUAAACGGUGACGGUCUCGAUGGGAUGAAAAAUAGUCCAGCGAAUGGUGGCCCCGGAACACCACGAGAAGAUAGUGGUAGCGGAAUGGGUGAUUAUAAUCUGGGAGGAUUCGGAGCUCCUGGAGAGAAUGAUCAGACCGAGUCGGCGGCCAUCCUGAAGAUCAAGGAGAGCAUGCAGGAGGAGGCGAAGAGGUUUGAGAAGGACUCAGACCAUCCCGAUUAUUUCAUACAAUAACUCUUUACGAGUCGUUGGACCCCGAGACCAAAUUAACAGUCUAAGAGAUAAACACAAUCGAUUUCCUUUCUUCCUUUAGUCCGAUAACUAUUUUCCCCUUCGCCGUGAAACUCCACUCUCUCUCUUCCCGUGCGUUUUGUCUUUCCUUCUCUCAUUCCUCUCUCGGAUCUUCGCUGCAUCUCGCCAUGCGAGUCUUUUCCUUUCUUCUUUCCGAGCCAAGAAUGGUGUAAACGAUCUUUGAAGGGGGAAAGGGCGCAAGAGAGAGAUUCUUCUUCCGCGCACAUCUACGACCCGUCCUUUUUGUCACGCGCUGCGAGGAGGAUCACGACGUCAAGAUGAGAGAGAUCUUUGAGACGGGAGACCGAGAGAAAGAGAGCAACUCGAUCUCGCGCAACUCUCAUGUCGACUGACGUUUUCGCACAGCGAUAUUGUAUCGGAUAUUUUGAAAAUGCUGUUAUCCUUAAGAUGGGUGCACUGCGAGCGAAUCGACAGCGAACACGAGUUAAGUCUAUUCAAAAUUUUUCUGUGAUGUUUCGUGUUACGAGCGAAUCGAGCCAAAUUCGUAUCGAACGUUCGAUUAUUCUAUUUAUAAUGAUUAUUAAUACCACUAACAUUAUUAACCACGGCGAUCAACAUAUUUCCCGAAAUAUCGAACAGCGAAAGUUCACUUUUCCGCUGUUUGUUUCUUCAAUGUUUAUCCACUUUUAGACUGCGACCGCGAACAUUGUUCUAGUAUAUAUGAUGAGAAAAGAGAGAACGAGAAAGAGAGAGAGAGAAAGAGAGAAAGAGAGAAUGUGUGAUAAUAUAUUAAUAGUAAACGUUAAAUUUUGAAAAUUUUUAUGACAAGUAAUGCAGAACUAAUUCGUGAAAUUUUUUAGACAAUGUUCUCGAUCGCAGUCAUCAAUCAUGUAACAACCUCCAUUGCAAUAUCAGUGUUGUAUGGUCAAAUGUAUAUAACUGAGAACCGAUUAUAUCAAUGUCAAAUUAAUUUUGAUUAAUUGAGACUAGGGCGAUAAAUUCUGAUUUGCUAUAGUAUGUACGGAUAUCAGAAUAAUUGGUGCACGGAAAAUUAUCCAAUUAUUCAAAUCACUAAAUAUCCAAACUAUUAUAAAUUGAUCUUGAAAUCCGAUAUUUGAUAUUUGAAAAACCGGAUCUAUUCGAAUCUGUAGAUGAAAUAGAAA